AUUCUAAUAACAGAUAAUUCAAGCCCCCAAGGAUUCUGUCCUAGUUACUGAUGGAGGAGCACCGAUUGUGUUUCAGUAUGGUGAAAAUGUGAAGAGUUUUAUUGAAGCUGUGGGAGAAAUGGGGAUUCCCACCUUCGAAGCUUCCGAUAUGGAAAAGGGUGGAAAUUUAUCAAGGGUGGUGAGUUGUUUGUUAGAGCUCAAAUCCUAUGCGGAAUGGGUACAGGGAGGGAAAAUUGGGUCAUGGAAAUUGGCUGGCCUUCCGAAUUCAAAGCCACCCUUGAUGAAAACCCUUCUAAGGAGAAACUCUGAACCAUCCAUGAUGAAAUCCAUGGGGAACACAUUAGGGGACAAAGAUUCUUCUGCUACUGACAAUGAUCCCAAGUCUAACCUCAUCCAGAUGAAUUCAACCUAUCCUUCUUUAAUUUCAUUAGUUCGUGAGCAUUUGUCAAAUAAGAGGACAGAAGAAAUUCCUUUUGUAGUUGAAUCCCUGCUCAGUCAAGUCAUGAAUGAGUUUGAACAGCGAUUGCUUGAACAACAUGAAAGGAUUAGAACAAUUCAACAAGAAAAAUUAUCAUCAUGUAAACCAGAUGAAGAUCGAUUGCCUGAAGGACAAGAAACGAAGGUUAAAGAAAAAGUAUCAUCAUCUAAACCAGAUGAAGAAAGAUUGCCUGAACGACAAGAAACGGUUAGAGAAAUUCAACAAGAAACAGCAUCACCAUUCAAACCAGAUAAACAGCGACUCAUUGAACAACAAGAAACGAAGCUUAAAGAAAUUCAAGAGCAACUAAGAGCAGCUCAACAAGAGCUGCUUAGAGCAGCUCAACAAGAGCAGCUUAGAGCAGUUCAACAAGAACAGCUUAGAGCAGUUCAACAAGAUAAAGUAUCAUCAUCUAAACCAGAACCUUUGGUUUCAAAAGCUGCUCCUAUUGACGAAGAGAUGGAAGAAAAGGAAGAGAAGAUAGAUACAAAAGAAGAAACAAUGGAAGAAAUGAUGGAAGAAACACAGGCCGAAGAGGUUGAGAUGGAAGAAGAGGAGGAAGAAAUAGAUGAGAUGGAAGAAAAGGGAGAAGAAACAAAAGAUCUAGAUCUUCCUCGGGACAAUGGACCAAGCCUCGAGUUCUUAAGACAACAAGAGAAUAUCCGAAAAGAAGAGUUACUCCGACAAGAAGAGAUAAUCCGACAAGAGAGAGCUCGACAUGAAGAGAUAAUCCGAGAAGGGGAGAGAGUCCGACAAGAAGAGUUAAUCCGACAAGAAGAGAUAAUCCGACAAGCGGAGAGAGCUCGACAAGAAGAGAUAAUCCGACAAGGGGAGAAACUCCGACAAGAAGAGUUAAUCCGACACGAAGAGAUAAUCCGAGAAGGGGAGAGAGUCCGACAAGAACUAAUCCGAGAAGGGGAGAGAGUCCGACAAGAAGAGUUAAUCCGACAAGAAGAGAUGAUCCGACAAGCGGAGAGAGCUCGACAAGAAGAGAUAAUCCGAGAAGGGGAGAGAAUCCGACAAGAAGAGUUAAUCCGACAAGAAGAGAUAAUCCGACAAGCGGAGAGAGCUCGACAAGAAGAGAUAAUCCGACAAGGGGAGAAACUCCGACAAGAAGAGAGAGCUCGACACGAAGAGAUAAUCCGGCAACACGAGAUAACCCUGCAACAAGAGAGAGCUCGGCAAGAAGAGAUGAUCCGGCAACAAGAGAUAGCCCGACAACAAGAAAGAUCCCGACAGCAAGCGAUAGUCCAACGACAAAACAAGAGUCUCCAGGAUUUGAAAACUAUAGUCCAUCAAACAAAAUCAGGAGUACAGGCUAUGCACAUGAAGUACCAGGAAGAUUUCCUUGUACUAUGCAAGCAUGUGCGUAGCUUAGUUUCUGCUGCUGCAGGAUAUCAGAAAGUUCUUGAGGAGAACCGUAAGUUAUAUAAUCAAGUGCAGGAUCUGAAAGGGAAUAUUAGGGUGUACUGCAGAGUUAGACCCUUCUUGGGCGCUCCAUCGCCCAAUCAGAGUGUCGGUAGUAUUGAUGAUGGAAGUAUCUCAAUCUUAACACCUUCAAAUUAUGGGAAAGAGGGGAAGAAGACAUUCAAUUUUAACAAAUGUUUUGGUCCUAGUGCAACACAAUCACAAGUUUUCGCCGACACACAACCUCUGAUUCGGUCAGUGUUGGAUGGAUACAAUGUCUGCAUAUUUGCCUAUGGCCAAACAGGAUCAGGAAAAACAUUCACUAUGUCUGGGCCAGACGAUCUUACCGAGGAAACCAUGGGUGUCAACUACCGUGCCCUGAAUGAUCUUUUCCUACUUCAGGAUCAGAGGAAGGACACCAUUAUCUAUGAGAUUGGUGUUCAGAUGCUUGAGAUUUACAAUGAGCAAGUCAGAGAUCUACUAUCCACAGAUGGAGCUACCAAAAAAUUAGAAAUUCGCAACCGUUCCCAGAACGGACUCAAUGUGCCUGAUGCCAACCUUGUUCCUGUUGCAACAACUGCUGAUGUCAUAAACUUGAUGAACUUGGGAAACAAGAAUCGAGCUGUUGGUUCUACUGCCAUGAACUCUCGUAGUAGCCGUUCUCACAGUUGCCUAACAGUUCAUGUUCAAGGAAAAUACCUGACAUCGCCGAAAACCAUUCAUGCUAGCUUGCAUCUGGUUGAUCUAGCAGGAAGCGAAAGGGCUGAUAAAACUGAAGCCACUGGAGAUAGGCUCAAGGAAGCUCAGUAUAUCAACAAGUCACUUUCUGCCUUGGGAGAUGUUAUCUCUUCCCUUGCUGCAAAGAGUUCCCAUGUUCCCUACAGGAACAGCAAACUCACCCAACUGCUUCAAGAUUCUCUUGGUGGGCAAGCAAAGACACUAAUGUUUGUUCAUAUUAGUCCUGAGCCUGAUGCAGUUGGAGAAACACUUAGUACACUUAAGUUUGCAGAACGUGUUGCCACUGUUGAACUUGGUGCUGCUAAAGCUAACAAUGCUGGUGGUGAUAAUAAAGCUGGUAAUAACGCUAAUACUAGUGGUGGUAGCAGCAAAGAUGGUGCUGAUGUCAAAGAUCUCAAAGACCAGAUUGCUAGCUUGAAGGCAGCUUUAGCAAGGAAGGAUGCAGAACUAGAACAAUAUCAAGGCAUGAACCUUGAUGGAGCAAAGUUGAAUAAAUCUCAUGGAUCCACUCCUUCACUACGUAAUUUGGGUUCUACUGGAGGUGCUAGGAAGCUGCCAAGAGAUGAUUCUGCUAACUCAGAGGGCCAAAACCAGGACGAAUCGAAGCUGAAAAGAAGAAGCUUAGAUUACGAGGACAUGGAAACUGGGUAUGAAAAUUCUGGGGACUGGAUGAACAACCAUAAUAAUAAGAUGGCAAUGGCAAUGGCAAUGAAGAGGAAUGAUAGCUUAACUAGUAAUGAUAGCCUAGUGGCACAAUGGGAAGCAGAUAACAAACCAUCAUCUCCAUCUUCUAGUCCAACUUCAUAUGAUUAUGAUGAUGAUAUGGCAACCAAUGAUAAUUCAUCUGAGGCAUCAGACAUGAACUGGCAACCAACACCUAAAUCAACCUCCUCCACUCCUUCAAAUGCCUCAUCAAGCCUUAAACCAAAGAAAACAACAACAACUGCUCCUCUUAAACCAACAAAGACCGCGGACAGGAGUCCUGCAUCAUCAGCUCCCACACCAGCAGCAAAGAAACCAGCAGCAGCAGUAGGUAGUCAAGUAAAAAAGGUUGCAGCCACUGAUGUAAAGAAAAGAGUUGGGGGUGCCAAGUGAAAAGUUGUUGUUACAUUACAACUAUUAAUGCCAAUUCAUGUUUUCUUGCUCCACUACUGCAUGUAUUUAAAAUCUUUGUGAAGGGAAGAGAGAGUGGUUUUUAUAUGUCUAUGUAUGUAUAUUAUUCUUUGCAGCGUUACAAUGCGUAAGUUGGUGCCAAACUAUAUGAAAAGAUAUGGUGUAAAAGAACAAAAGGAGAUUCAA